AAAAAACUACAAAUAGCAAGACACAUAUCUCUAUAUCAAAAGUGAUACAUUAUAGCUCCUGCUAUUGUUCUGUAAAUAGCUAGGUAGCAGGCGGGCUUUAACUAUGCGGGGAAGCUGUUUUAGAGCCGAAUCACCCUCAGCAUCCUCACGUCUCACUACAUCAGCCAGCCAAUAUAUUAAAAAUGUAACUGCACAGGAAGAAAGCCCCCUGUGCUGAAACCUCCCUUCCCGACGAUGACCACCAAUCGGAGGGACAACAAUGUGGAUGAACGGGCAGCUAAAUUGGAAAUCCCGGACAUGCGGUGACCCAGAGAAGGAUUAGCCGCUUGUUCUUUAUAAACAGUCGCUUGCGCCCUCUUCGACGGACUCCAAUCUUAGUGGUUACUGAGACACUGCAUUGUGAAUGGAUGGAAGUCGCCGUGAUCGGUUUUGCGCAACUGUUUCAAAGGCUCGCUGUCAUUUCCUCGGCCAUAGCCUUUUUUACAGAGUACAAUAGCAAGCCAUCGAAGUCAGAAUAGCGACACAAGACAAUUUUUAGCCUCGAAUCUGUAUCGUCCAUCAUUCAGCAUGGGGAGCAGUAUCCCAUCUUGCAUUCCUGGCGAUGUCAGCUCUGCUAUCUCAAAGCAUCUCCAGAACCGCCAGGAGCUGAUAUUGCAGGAAAGAGGAAGCCGCAGCGAUGCCGAUUUUCGCCGCUCCCUAUCACCAACAGCCCAAAAGGCCUGCGACAUCGUUCAGCGCAUCCGGCGAGAAGAACAGAACGCGACCUGGCGCCAAGCACAGUAUGAUAAGGACGAUGAAGAAUUGUAUCCCGGGAUGAUGUUCAUAUUGGCAAAGGCGCGCAUGGAGUCAACGAAGCUCUGGAAAAUCGCCUGCAGGAUGCCCAAAGGUGCCCUUCUUCAUUGCCACAUGGGAGCUAUGGUGGAUCUGGGCUGGCUCUACGAGAAAACGCUAGCAACACCUGGCAUGCAUUUUUAUUCACCACUGCCACUGGAUACUGAGAGUAAUCGUAGCAAGGCCGCGGUGCAGUUUACUUACUCGAAGGCUGCACCGAAAGAGACUGCAUCAGUCUGGACAUCCGGAUACCAGCCUGGUACGUUGAUCGAAGCCAAUUUUGCUGCGGAUAGUUUCCCAGAUGGCGGCCGGGAGGGAUUUAUCUCAUGGCUUAAAGAUCGGACGUCGAUUAUCGCGAAGGAGUCCAUCGAGCAUCAUCUUGGGGUUGAUGCUAUCUGGAGGAAGUUUACGUCUGCGUUUAUUAUUUUGGGUUCGAUUAUAUAUUACGAGCCCAUUCUACGUGCUUUUAUACAGAAGUUACUCGAGACGAUCGCGAACGAUGGGGUGCAGUGGGUGGAGUUGAGAGAUGCGUUUGUAGACCCAUACCGACGCGAAAAUGAGGAUGUUCCUUCUGGAGAUUUCAACGAGAUGGUGCGUGCCAUCGGCGAGGAGAUCGAGAAGUUCAAGGCGACGAAGCGGGGUGAGAACUUUUGGGGAGGCCGCAUUAUCUGGACUGCACUGCGGCAGAUGGGCACGGAGAAUAUUAUUAAAAACAUGCAAAACUGCAUUCGUGCCAAAAAGGCACACCCGCAUUUAAUCGCCGGCUUCGACCUCGUCGGCCAAGAAGACAUGGGACGCACGCUCAAAGACCUGACCCCGGAGUUACUAUGGUUCCGACAAAGAUGCGUCGAAGAAAAGUUGGAGAUCCCCUUCUUUUUCCAUGCAGGCGAGUGUCUGGGCGACGGUGAUAGCACAGAUGACAAUCUCUAUGAUGCCAUCCUGCUUGGGACCAGGCGCAUCGGGCACGGCUUCUCACUAUACAAACACCCCGUUUUGAUCGACAUGGUCAAGGAGAAGAAAAUACUCAUCGAAUCAUGCCCGAUCUCAAAUGAAGUGCUGAGAUUGACAGCAACGGUCCUGGCUCACCCGCUUCCCGCGCUGCUGGCUCGGGGUGUCCCGGCGUCACUCAGCAACGAUGACCCUGCCCUCCUAGGCCAGGGUACGUCGGGCAUGUCUCAUGACUUUUGGUCAGCGCUGCAAGGGUGGGAGAAUCUCGGCCUGGCUGGGCUGGGAUCGCUGGCAGAGAAUAGCGUUCGCUGGGGCAUAUAUGAAGAUCAGACUGAGGAAGAGUGGCUGCGGGAUAUUGAGCGUGGUGCCGAUGGGAGUGGGAUCCGUGCCGAAAAGAUGAAAUGUUGGCAAAAGUCGUGGGAGAGAUUUUGCCAAUGGAUUGUGGAUGAAUAUGGGGAUUAGCUGAUCGCUCCGCGGUUGAUUGUUUCCUUUGUUAUUGUUAUUGUUGUUAAUUGUUUGGUCAUCUCUUAUGAAUUCGCGAACCAGUUCAGAUACCACCUAGAUUAGAGUUAACCCCUCUAGGGAGCUUUCAACGUUUGAUCUUAGCUAUACAGCCAUCCACUGUGUCAUAUUGGACAUCAUCACUCGUUCAAUAUAUAAAUCUCCACGUCCAAUGCCCGUCCUUUUGUCCUUUCCGUCUCACACGCCGCUCUAUAUUAAAUUUGCUGAAUCAAAUGUCGAAACUGGAAAAUAGUUCUCCGAAUACAAGCGAUAGAGAAAUUUAUUACCUGAGAAAUAUAUGAACCCGCAUAUCUUCCUGGCUAUUCCGUACUCUGACCUAUAGAAAGAAUUCCAAAGAGCUUCAGCUAAUCUUGC